AUGCGCUCCGCUGUUCUCGUCCUCGCCGCCACCGGCAGCGCCUUGGCUGUCGCCGACAGCGCGGGCAACUUCAACCGCGACACCGUUCCCCAAGGCUAUUCUUCCUACCCUGCCGGCGUCAUCUCGCAGAUCCCUGAUGGACAGGUGCAGGCACCGACAGGCUCGUACGCUCCGCCAGUCUACUCCGCCCCAGAGACCACGACACCAGUUGAGACCGCGCCCGUCGAGACCGCUCCAGUUGAGACCACGCCUGUCGCGACCACUCCCGUCGAGACUUCGCCAGUUGAGACCUCCCCGGUCGAGACUUCGCCAGUCGCCUACUCUCCACCAUCUUACACCACGCCGACCGUCUACACCUCCGCACCAGUCAGCUCCGCACCAGAGUCUCCAGUCUCUACCGCCGAGGUCCCAUCGGUCUCUACCGUCUCGACUCCACCAGCCCCUGUCGUCACCAACACGACCACCCCACCAGCUCCCCCAGUCUACACCACUCCCAUCGCCAGCCCAGUCAACUCGACUGUUCCAUACCCAACGACCGCUGGCAACAGCACGACUCUGGCGACCUCAACCCUUGGCACGACUUCGCUGACGACCACCGAGCUUCCCAGUUCGACUGAGGCUGGCGCCGUCGGCGGCUCUUCGACUACAUCCAGUACCGCCUCUGCUGAGACUCAGUCCAGCGCAGCUGAUGCGGUCCAGGUCGGCGCCGGCAUGGCUGGCGCGGCGUUCGCGGGUCUCCUCGCUUUCCUCGUCUAA